GACAUGGCGGAUUCCGCGCGGAUGCAAAUCGCGCGGUUGAACCGCGCGGAUCCUAAUUACAUUAGCGCCUUACAAAUCGUUCAUACCUGUCCGCACGGAUUGACAAUCCGCGCGGCUCAACCGAGAAAAUGAAUUCGCGCGGUCGCCGCUCGGUUUUAUUUACUUGACGUACCUAGAGGGCGUUCAGUUGCUCCGCGGAAGCCGCGCGUAUCGGACGGUGACAAUGGAUCGCUUCGACACCGAGCUAUUCAUCGAUGAGGUGGAAAAAAGACCUGCUUUGUGGAACAUCCAAUGUGCAGAAUAUUCUAACAAAACGAUUAAAAACGGAGCUUGGCAGGAGCUGGUGGAGAUUUUUGGAGAAAAUGAGGAUUCUUUGGAAAAGAAGGUUCUUUUUGGUGUAUCAUUACAAAAAAAAUGGAAGAACAUCCGUGAUGCUUAUAAUAAGGAAUUCAAGAAAGGCAAAUCAAUUCCUUCUGGUUCUGGUGCAUGUAAAGGUUCAAAAUACAUGUAUUUCGACCGGCUUUCUUUUCUUCAGAAGACGAUAGAAAACAAAGAAACUAUCACAAACAUAGAUGAAGCCAAAAAUGAAGAAAUUCGGAACAUUGACCAAAAGCUAGAUAAUUUUGUAAAUGCACGUGAAAUACAACCGGUACCCAAUAAAAGGAAGAAAACUAAAAUUACUUCAGAAGAGCGAUUGUCUAACAUAUUAGAAAAUAGUAUUGAAUCAAGAGAUAAAAUACAAAGACAAAUACAAGAAAGUAUGUCAAAGCAAGAUGAUGAUGAUAAACUAUUUUGCAUGUCAUUGUAUAAAGAGUUAAAGAAAGUUCCAGAAAAUAAACGAUUGGCUACUAAAAUUGAAUUGCUCCAGGUGGAAUAUCUCACACUAAGCACUCGGGCGUUAACAAGCGUGGCGUAUCGCGUCAGUCGCUCGCAGCGGGCGGCGGGCGUGUGCGGUGUGUGUGACGUGUGCGGUGUGUGUGACGUGUGCGGUGUGUGUGGUGUGACGCGGUGUCUAGCGAGGCGUGCGCGGUGUGCGUCGGCGUCAGUUGAGCGGCAGGCAGAACAUGUGCUGCAAUAG